GAUCGUACUUAUCUAGAGACAAUGUCAUCGAAUCGCCCUUCAACCCCACCGACGGAGGCCAAGGCCGGGACUCCGGGAGACAUGUCUCGUCCGCCUCUCACUCCAGAACAGUUGCGCCGAAUCGAAGUCAAUCGCAUGAAAGCCAAAGCGAUUCGCGAGCAGCGGGAAGCGGAAGAGGCCCGGAGUUCUAGCGCAUCAGGAGUCAAGCGAACUUAUUCUUCCAUGACCGCGUCCGAGACUCCAGCGAAUGUCCGAGAUGGCAGUGCAAACGCAAAGCGUCCCCUUGACACCAUCAGACCGGCUCGCAAUUUCACCAAAUACGUGGAAUAUGACUUUAGCAAGAUGACAGACACCAAAGGUGGUUUCCUGACCGAGGAGGAUGACCCCCACAACCGCGCAUUGCACAUACGAGACGAAAAGGCCGAGCAGAAACCAGCCCAUAUGACACAGAAGGAAUGGGAAAGGCAACAGCUUCUACAGUCGCUACGCCGUGAUCGGACAGGGCCAUUUGAACCGGGGCUGAGUGUCUUGGAGGAUCGGAGUAAGCAGAAGGCGUGUCGCGAAUGUGGCGGUUUGGAGAUUGAUUGGAAAUGGGAGGAAAUGCUUCGUUGCUGCGUGUGCCAUGCUUGCAAAGAGAAGUACCCUGAGAAGUAUAGUCUUCUGACUAAGACCGAGGCCAAGGAGGAUUACCUAUUAACAGAUCCUGAACUACGAGAUGAAGAACUUCUACCGCACCUGGAACGGCCAAAUCCACACAAGUCGACAUGGAACAACAUGAUGCUUUACCUGCGCUUUCAGGUGGAAGAGUACGCCUUCUCUCCCAAGAAAUGGGGUUCUCCAGAAGCGUUGGACGCCGAAUUUGAACGACGUGAGAACGACAAGAAGCAGCGGCGCGAGACCAAAUUCAAGAACAAACUCCAGGACUUGAAAAAGCGCACUCGCGUUGACGCAUACCGACGGAGCCGCCAGGGGGCUUCUGGUGGCAAUUUUGGCGAUGACCUGGGGAAUGGACGGCGACAUGUCCAUCAGUGGGGACGGUCGAUUGAAAACCCAGAAACAGGCAUCGGAGUCAAACGCUGUGUCGACUGUGGAAUGGAAGUAGAAGAGUUGGAGUUUUAGAAUCAUGGUCGGGUUCUUGUACUAUAUGAUGAUUGUUGUUUUUACGACUACACGAUAUUGAUGAUAUAUACUCCGUACAAUCGAG